AUGAUUAAGAAGUCCUCUGCGAACCAUUUAUACCGGUACCGUGCAUUGGAAACCGAGGUGCAUCGAGUCCUCUAUCUUCAAGAAGACAUCCCCGCGCUUAACGGAACGACCAUAGGGGACUGGAUGUUGGAUAUUAGCAGCCGGCUAGAGACCUGGUAUGCCAACGCCCAAACAUACACGCAGUACAAUAUGCUUGAAUUCAAGCAUGUGCAGUUCAACCAUCUGAGGGCCCGAAUUCACCGGCCGACACCUAGGCUAAGAACGAGACUCCCUGAAGAUUGGGGGAUAGUACUAGAGUCCUGUGAGAGACUCAUCGAGGACUAUGUGGGUCAAGAGCGCCGCGGGCGGCUGUUCUACCCCUGGCACGGCGUACACAUAUUGUUUGAAACCGCCAUGAUAGCGCUGCACGCAUCAUGGUCUUCGCGAGAGUACCAACCGUUCAGAAAUCAGGCAGAACACAUGGUGCAAACGCUGCUUCCUCAGUGUCUGCAAGUCCUAUCCAACAUCGGGCAACGGUGGGGCGAAGCGACGAGAUGUGCUGACAAGCUGAGACCACUUGUACAAAAGGUUUCAUCUGCCUUCACGUGGGCAAAUCAACUGUCUGUUCAUGAAGCUGCGUUGAUAGAGGACGAGAUUGAGGGUUUGAUCUUUUCGGACAAGAAUCUGUCAUGGAACGCCGUUACACUAGAGAACAGCGGCCUUGGUGUUGAAGAUGGCGCAUUGCUUAUUGACAACAUGCUUGUCGACGACCUCAACGCUCUCCAAUGGGCUCCAGACUGGGAUCUUGUUUUUGGUGAAAUCUCCUAG